AACCGGAAAAAGUGACACGAAGUUAAUAGCGAACGGCGAUUAUUUUUUUUAUAGAAGAAUCACGAGAAAUACAUAAACCGUUUUCAUUCACGAAGCAUUUAGGUCUCUUGUCACUUUAUUGUCUUUCACUUAAAUAUACAUUAUGACAUCUAAAUAUGAUGGCAGCGGUGAACCUGACUUUCAAAAUGGCCUAAACGGUCAGUCAUCUACAGCUAGUCCGAAGAAGGCCUAUACCCUAUCUGCUGAUGCCCCAGUAUUCGUUCCAAAAUUUACAAUGGUGCAGCCAAGUUUCCACCAGCCUGUCCCAUUUGAGGCUUGCAUGAAUGAUCAUGAACCAACACAAAGGGAGCUGGAGGACAUGGAGAAGUUUGCUGCGAGGCAUCUGUCGGAGAUCUCGUUCCCGCAAACAGACGACCCAGUCGAGUUGUUCCGCUCUGCUGUGGUCACCUUGACUACAAAGGGAAACGUGGAGGAAUACAUGCGGCCCAUCAUUGGAAGGCUGAAGAAUGGAGUCAGCGAUAAGGCCAUUCUCAAUCAAAUGAUUGACAUUCUGUUUGAUCAUAAUUUGGCAGAGACCAAUUUCAGUUACACAGGUGCUCAAAUCUGCAAAUGUCUUGCAAGUGAACUGAAGUCUCACAGUACGUUCAGCAAUUUCAGAACUCUGUUCCUGAAUAAGUGUAAAAGUGCCUACGACAACAGGGACGCAUGGGUGGCAGACCCUGCCAUGUUCAACCAGCUGUCCAAUCUGGCCAUGUUGAUAGGGCAGCUCUUCCUUGUUUUAGAGGAUGACUCAAAUGGAGAGCCACAGAAGCUGGGGUUCCUGCGUGAAGCAAUCAGCUGUAUGCUUGAGACACUGAUGGCCGAGCCAAACGACGAAAGAAUCAAAACAGCAGCUCAACUCCUUAAGUUGACAGGAUUUGAAAUCACCAAAAAUUCACACUUACCUGGCGACUUUACAGAAGUGUACAACAUAUUUAGGAGUCUAGAAAAGCACCCUUCCUUGAAUCGGACUAGUCAUUGCCUGAUUAACUCCGUGUUGAGUCGUCUGGAGUACAACUGGGGUGUGAGCUCCUGACCUUGUGAGGGCGCGGCCAUCACACCUUGAACAUCACAUGAAUCCACAACAUGUUGUCUGCGAAAAUCUUCUCACAAAGUACUCAAAAAAAACAAAGAAGAAUUAACCUGAAGUUAACAAAAUCGAACCAAUAUUUUAUUUAUCACAAAGUUCUCUUGCUCUGAAUAAGAUAUAAAUACAGGCCUAACUCAAUUUUAUGGUAAAUGAAUAAUACGAGCAUUCACCAGCAUUUAAGCGUUUGAUAGACAUGGUGUGGUUUUGUGCAAUCAUGUGUGAUUUGUUAACGGCCUUGCACUUCAAAAUGUUCUUCCUUUUAGUAUUUUUGGCUUAAAUUUAAUACCAACAUGAAGUUUGGAUUUUAAACCGCAUAUAAUUUUUUGUGUGUGAUAAUUUGGCUUUUUAAAAUAAUUUAAACUAUACCAGGCAACUUUGAUUAUACUAUUGCUAAUAUUUUUGGAUUGGCUUGGUUACCAUUGUAGUGAGAAAAAUGUACACAAGUUAACAAGUAGUCAUGAUAAUAAUUUCAUCAUUAAAAAAUGUGAAUCACAGCUUUAACUUUCAACCAGUGCUUAUACUUUUGAUUCAAGCUAAAUAAAAAUAAACAUAAAGUUAUGCAAAUUUGGCUUAACAUGAAUCUAUUUGGUGACAGCUUUUUCUUCAUAGAGCAUCGCAAUAUUGCUAAAAUUGGCAUACCGCAAAUAUUCGCAUUUAUUUGAAAUAAAAACGCCAAAAGUACCAGAAGGAGAAAACUGCUGUUAAUAACAAACAAAAACAAAACAGACUGUGCAGACAUUGGGCCUCCCUCAAGGAAGUGGUGGCGUGCAUUACCCCACCCCCUCUGGAUCUCGUGUCGAGUGUAUAUACCGUUCAUGAUUAUUGCGACUAUUAUGAUAAUUAUUGUGUAUUCCGCAUGCGCAUUGGGACACAGUAUUUGGUGCAGGAAUGGAUAGUUGUACAUUUAAACAAUGCCAUGGAGAUGGCGUUGUCAGGAUACCUGUGAGGAAAGAGAAUAUUUAAAUCCUUGAUGAAGAAACUGAAUGUACCCAUCAUACCGGGUAGUAUGUAAAUAAUAAUAAGCUGAUACUUUUGUACAAUGUUUUAAGUCAUCAUCAAGAAAAACAGAUUUGUGAAAGAUUUUUGUCUGCUUUGGAAUAUGUAAGCAUCUGUGACACAAAAAAUAGAGAGGCUAUUCAAGAACAGUUGUUGGCGUGUUAGUGAACAGAAAAAUAGGUAUUUACUUUGUCAAGUAUGCUGGUGGUUAGUCAGGGAAAAUAAAUGUCUUCGAUUUUUUUUUUAUAUAAUUAUUUUGAUAUUGAGAAGUUAUUUAUUCCAUGCUUCAAUAGAGAAAUCAAAUCAAAGAACAAGUUUUGAAAAAAGUUUGUUGACAUGAAACUUUCACGUUAUUUCUUUAAUAUGUGUAAAAUUCAAUGAUUUCUGUUAACAAAAUGGCUAAAAAUAAUUAAACAAUACUAGUAUUUACUAGUUCAUCUAUUUUGAUCUGAAAAAGUAUGCAUUUAACAGGCUUAGAUAAAAAAAAAUAUUGAGAUUAUAAACAACAUAACUGAAGUUUUCUAUAAGGAGCAUUGUGAAUAUAUUGGGUCGAUGUUUUGGACUUCAAUUUGUCAUCAUUUUGCUGGAAUGAAAAAAGAAAACAUGAACUGCCUGAGUAUUAAUCUUGUAGAUGAAUAUCCAUAAAGUGCUGUUUAAGAAGUUCAUAUGGUGUUUUGUACUGAAAGACAUUGCUUGAUAAAGAAAAAACACCCAUGUGCUUAGGCUUGCGUAGUGAUUGCUAUUUGUGGCAUUGGUAACUUCUUCACAAAGUGUAAGUGUGAGAGGUUAUCUCUUAGUAUAUGGUUGUUAAAGAAGGGCUCCUGGAUAUUGUAGAAUUGUGUAUGUGAUUUUUAUUAUUUCAUUGCAAGAUUGAUGUAUUAUUUUGUUGCUCAAAUGUGCACACGGUAUACAUAUCUCCUGUUUUGAAAUUAGUCAGGUCAGUUGUUCCUUUUAGCCAAAAAAAACUUCUGCAAUAGGACAUACGGCCAGUCUUGAAUGAACUGUAAAUUAUAAUACAUAACCUAUAAUUGAAGUAAAUUAGUAAAGAUGGGGUUUUCCAUGACCAAAAACACUUUUGUUUUAUUUUUUAAACGUCCGACUUGUACUUAUUUUAUGGGAGUGUUUCAUGUAAACAUGUUUUAAUGUUUAAAACAAGUUAUCAAUUUGGUACAAAUUAUCCCCAUGAUAAAAUUGCUGUCGAUGAUAAUUCAAAAUAAACUGUCAGAAGUAAUCUUUUAGAAAGUUUAUACUUUGUGUGUCACUUAAAUAGUCAAUGGAGUUUCCAAGUACAGUCACAAUAUCAAGUUUAAAUCGUUUAAAUCAAGUUUAUGGGACAUUAAUUUAACAGUUUGUGGCAUUUGACCUUACGAAGGCUAGCUUUUCAAGGGGAGGUUAAUAAGAUGAACUUGUGCAAUGGUAUGGCCAUAUUGACCUUGGAGAUGUAGUUGUCAGGGAGUCUAAGUUAUUUUGUGUUCUUGUGCAUGAGCAGCUGAUUCCACCUGUUAAACAUAUACCAUUAUAUUUUGUCUGAAAUAAAACGUUUCCAGGGGGAA